CUUUCUCAAAACUAACGCUUGCUAUUCUAGAAGCCUAGAACUACCGAUAAGGUGUGCCAUCCAGAAGAAGUACGAGUAAUGCUCACUUCAGAAACUUUAUUAAGUUUUGAGAUCUCGUAAUUCAAACUUGGAACUUACAGCUUUUUAGUUAGUACAAUCUGUAAAAAUACAAUUAUUAUUAUUUUUGUGUUUAACCGAAGCGGAACCAUGUGGAAGGACGCUCUUAUUGCUGUUGCAGGUUUGACGGUAGUGCAAGUACAAGGAAGCUUGAAUUUGUCGUUGCCGCCCCUGUACACGCUUCCUUACGAAGAUAUCCGCAUUCGAGUAUACCGAGAUGCCAAUGCUUCGGUUAGUGCGCCUUAUUAUUAUACUCCACUCUGCCGUAUACUACCAAACUCAACCGCAGCUCAAGCCAACCGUGUCCUCUUCAAAAUGAAAUUGUGGGAUCAUAACCUGGAGAAGCAUGUUCAUGACUAUGUUGCCAGAAAAACCGGUAACCAGACAGCCGAAAUUCACCUUCUUCCCUUCCACUACGUACGCUUCCAGUCAGUCGAGCUUGGACAGGAGCGCUACAUUAUUCAGCAAUGGAUUCCCAUUGGUAAUGAUCCACAAAUUAUUUCAGGAAGCCUCCGAUGCCCCUCUACGCAGCACUGUGGCGAUGUUUAUAAGACAGUCCAAGACGAACAGCUCGCCGCAGACAUAAAAGUGCUAUUUUCAUCCAAAUUACAGAUCAGCCAGCGGAAGACGUUUCUGAAUGUUGCCUGGACACACUUGCUGUGGACGAUGACCUUUACCGCUAUAAGUUCCCGAUCGGAGUUACAGAACUAUGUUUGCCUGCAGUCAAAGGAUUAUCAGGACUUGGUAAAAGAAACCAUUGAAGCAGUUGUGGAGAACGAUAUGAAUGUUGAUGAAAUUUUGGAGAACAACGAACUGGAAACCAUGAUCAAUCGCGUUAGUGCACUACUACGCCCUAACGUUUCAUCCACCGCUCAUUUGACCGGAAACUGGAAUGACGUGUUUUGGCGGGUGCACGGUGAUCGGCCAGAUCAAAAAGCUGCAAUGUUCACUGAAUUAUUUGCCAAUAAUAGACAAUGGAUGCAGUUGCUGAUGACCGGCAGUUUAACGGCGAAUGCGGCUAAUUUAGCUUUUCCUACUACUUCAGAAACGCAAGCAUUUCUUCGCAUCAUGGAUGAAAUUCGGGAUUCGAAAGACAGAGUACAGUGGAAUGGGCAGCAGUUUAUUGUGAAACCCAUGGAAGUACGUUGCUUAAACCUAUCAACGUUGCGGAGCCGGGAGAUCCUCGGAAAGGUCACGGUUCGCUUUAGUAGCAGCCGUGCAGAUUAUGCUGCUGUUGCCAGUAUGACUGUACAUCAAAAUGGUUCCAAAGACGAAAAUCCAGGAGGUACCGAAAGUUCUGACGGUAUGAGAAAAAUCACCUCAUUACAAAACGCAUUACAAACAUUGUCGCGCGACGUAACCGCUUUGAAUGAAAGCUGCAGUUCUGUCGCUAAAGAUGUGCUGACGCUGAAAAUCAAUUGCGGUAUCUUUGCGUCAGAGUUCAAUAACUCCAGAACCAGAAGCCACGAACUGGAGCAAAGACUAAAGCUGGCAUUGACAUCUAAGGAUUCUCUCGUUGUGGCAAAUGCAGACAAAAUCCGUUCCCUGGAAAGUCAACAAAGAACCUUGAAUGCGGACGUACAGGCUGUAAUGAUCAAUCAAACUUCGCUGGAAUACCAGAUUCAGCAGCUGGUUGCUAUACCGAUCGGAGCCGUUGUAGCGCACCCGAAAGAUAGUUCGCUACCGGCGUGUUGGCUGGCAUGCGACGGACAGUAUUUCAGUACUGUUAAUUACCCGAAACUGGCUGCCUUGUUGACCGAUCAAAGGCUUCCUGAUUUACGUGGACGAUUUCUUCUUGGGCGUAGUACAGUUGAGUAUCCUCUGGGAACAAGAGGGGGUGAAAAGUCGCAUUAUUUAACCGUGGCCGAGAUGCCGAAUCAUAACCAUCAAGCAGGUGACGACGUGAAUUAUGCCUUCCUUACAUAUAAAAUUGGAGAUACUUCGCUGAGUCGCGCUGACGGAAUAACAUGGAAAGACAACAGUGGCCCUUACACUAGAUGGUACGGGACAGCCCACUCGGGCGGGAGUCAGGCCCACAAUAAUAUGCCACCUUAUUCUGCUAUUCUCUAUAUCAUGCGGGCUUGCUAGAGUAAUAGUUGUGUUAAUUAACGUAAAACAACUAUAUAUAUGUUGAGGGAGUUAAACCUCAAGUGAAACGAAAGUGUUUUCAGCAGGUUUAGCUAAUACUCGUAUGCAAAAUGUACAGAUAGACCGGCACAAAAGCUUAACACAAAAUCUUCCGCAUUAUUUAUAUCCGUGGUGUUUCGCGUUUAAAUUUUUUUGCAAUGUUUAUAACAAGUCUGGGAAGGAAAAUUUUAAUAUUUAAUACAACCAUUUGAAAAUGACUUCUCCUGCGGUACUGCAAAAAUUUGUCGCAUGCAGACUGCAUACAUACUAUUACAGUAACAAGCGUGGUAUGUGCAUGGUACGUUACGUACCAUACACAGGUGGUACAGGUCCUACGUACCGUACGUAGGACCUGUACCACAUGGCUUUUGUCAUAAUCUUCGUGCGUCAGUAGCCGACACAGGUAUAAGCUCACUGUAAUGCAGAGAAACCAUUUUACGUAACAUAAAUUACGUAACAAUUGCGCUAGAUACAAACGACAGCAAUUAAAGGCAAUGGAUGAACAAGUGAGAAGCACGUUACUUACUCUAAUAAAACCCGUACGAAGAUAGAAGAGAUUAAAAUUAGCAAAACUUCUUCUUAUAUCGCCUCGUACAUUACACCGCGCACGCAUUACAUCUCCGAAUUCACCCAGCGCGCACUAUUCCCCAUGCGCUCAUCGGAAUCCAUCUCCAGCGGGGAGUGCAAAUCCGGGCCCACAUCGGCCGACCAAACAAACUACGCCCUCUACACCGUGUUCCCCAAACCCGCAUAGGAGGUGGAACUAGAAGGGCACAUCAUUAAGGCCUUCUUGAUCGACCGACAAAAGAGUCCCAUGGAGCGCCAAAUGCGUGCCUCCUUCGUCAAACGCCCAAACUGGAGGCGAAUGAGGUUAACACGGGACGGACUCGGGGGGGGGGCAAUCCGCAGCCGAUUGAGGAGACGUCGCAAUUGAGCCGGUUGGGAUCGCAUCUCUUAAGCGCGGUGCGGCGUUUGGUGGGACGACUGUCGCCGAGUUGCGGUCGUGGAGUAGUCAGCAGGCCGCCAGCUCGCCGGUGGAGACUACGGCGAGUCAGCUGGAAUUGACGCCCAGUGUAAUGGCGCUGUUCUCCAGUGAAUACGAGGGAGAUUCAAGAAGCCCGCCUCUCCACAGUGCCGGUCGUUUUUUGCAGUACAGGUUUCUUUGGAUUGUCUCGGAAUAAAUUUUUUUUUAAAAUAGCCAGUUCCGCAUGUUCAGUGUGAAGCGUUCUUUGGGAGUCGAGAGCAUGCCCACUGUCGUCUCCUUUGGUGUGAAGUUGACACUACUUUGUCACAUAUUAUGUAUAUUGUAUGUACAUCGCAACAAUUGCGCUUGAAUCGUUGUAGCGAAUAUCAGUAACACACU